AUGGAGACGGUGCUGGUUGCCUUGACAGACGAUCUCCGCAGACAGCUGGAUCGAGGCGGGUCGGCGCUGCUGCUGUUGUUAGAUGUCACAGCGGCGUUCGACACCGCUGAUUACAUUCCUCUGACCCACCGCCUCAUCGACUUUUAUGUUCAGGUAGAGACUGUGAAGCGUGAUGUCCAGGAGAAUGACGAAGAGGCAGUGCAAGUCAAAGAGCAAAGCAUCCUGGAGCUCGGCAGUCUCCUCGCCAAGACCGGACAAGCCGAAGAGCUCGGAGGACUCCUGAAGUACGUGCGUCCUUUCUUGAACUCCAUCAGCAAGGCGAAGGCAGCCCGCCUGGUCCGGUCCCUGCUGGACCUCUUCCUAGACAUGGAAGCAGCCACGGGACAAGAGGUUGACUUGUGUCUUGAGUGUAUUGAAUGGGCCAAAUCAGAGAAGAGGACGUUCCUGCGCCAAGCUCUGGAGGCAAGGCUGGUGUCCUUGUACUUUGACACUAAAAGGUACCAGGAGGCGUUGCAGUUAGGCUCACAGCUUUUGCGGGAGUUGAAGAAGAUGGAUGACAAGGCUCUCUUAGUGGAAGUCCAGCUGCUGGAGAGCAAGACCUACCACGCCUUGAGCAACCUGCCAAAAGCCAGAGCAGCGUUAACCUCUGCCCGAACCACCGCCAAUGCGAUAUAUUGCCCGCCCAAGCUGCAGGCAGCCCUGGAUAUGCAGUCAGGCAUCAUCCACGCGGCAGAAGAGAAAGACUGGAAGACGGCGUACUCCUAUUUCUACGAGGCGUUCGAGGGCUACGACUCCAUCGACAGCCCCAAGGCCAUCACGGCGUUGAAGUACAUGCUGCUCUGCAAGAUCAUGCUGAACUUGCCUGAGGAUGUGCAGGCGCUGGUGAGCGGGAAGCUUGCACUGCGGUAUGCUGGCAGACAGACAGAAGCACUAAAGUGUGUGGCACAGGCCAGUAAGAAUCGAUCACUGGAGGACUUAAAAAAGGCUCUGAAAGAUUAUAAAGUGGAACUCAGGGACGACCCCAUCAUCAAUACACAUUUGGGCAAACUCUAUGAUAACUUAUUGGAACAGAACCUGAUCCGGGUCAUCGAGCCAUUCUCCAGAGUGCAGAUUGAACACAUAUCUGGCCUUAUCAAGUUGUCAAAGGCGGAUGUGGAAAGGAAACUCUCACAGAUGAUCCUGGACAAGAAGUUCCACGGGAUCCUUGACCAAGGCGAAGGCGUCUUGAUUAUUUUCGAUGAACCACCUGUAGACAAAACGUACGAAGCUGCUCUGGAGACCAUUCAGAAUAUGAGCAAAGUAGUGGAUUCGUUAUACAACAAAGCCAAGAAGCUAACAUAGAGUUGGGAACUGUUGCCUGUUGCUUUGGAGAGUGGGUGCGUGAAACCUUUUUUUGGGGGGAGGGGACAAAAGGCUCGAAGACUGGUGGUUUUUUCCUCCCCCCCUCCCGCUCUACUUUUUCACUUGGAAAGUUUUAAGACUUCCUCAUCCGAUCCAUCCUGUCUAUACGAUUGUGUGUUCCAGUUUCCAUGUAACCUUUCACCUGCUGAAAUUUGUACCGGGAUGGGGAAAUAAUGUUUUAAAAAAGAAGAAAAAAAAGAUUAUUAUUUUUUUCUGUGUGGGAGUGGGGCGAGGGGAGGAGGCCGUGGCAGUAUCCUGAAUAAAAGGAGAGGCCUACGCGACCCUUACAUAAAAACCAAGCGCUUCCCCUUUUCUUGAGGGUGGCCGGGGGCGGUGGGUGGGUUGUAAUUGUAUGUCAGUGGUAGGAACUCAGCCACCAAAGGAAUGCUCCACAUGGGAACGGAGUUCCUACACAGAAGGCACUUCACUUGCGUACUGGAUAACAUACUACUGUUGUAUGCCCGCGUUCCUGCACGCGGAAGCUGUGGCCGGUCACAGCCUCUCGCGUGUCAGGGAAAAGCCCCUGUUGCUUCUGCCCAAACUCCCUUCAGAUGAGAGCUUUCCUUGAGGGAAUUUUGUCACUCGUGGAGCCGUCGGCUAGAAAGCGGGGGCCGAGUUAACAUGCGGGACGUUCGGCAGCCAGGGUGCUUAUCCGCUUGCUGUCCUCCGCCAGCGACGCUGCAGGAAGAGCUACUAAAGGGGGGGGGGGGCUCCCUGGGUCUUAAAUGCUCUGCCGCGUUCUCGGAUGCCUUUAAGCGCCCCGGGGUAUGCUUGAAUGCAUUUUGUCCCUGGGACUGGUCGAAAGGUCAGGGACCACCACGGUCUCAUCAGUAACCCUCGUUCCCCGGCUCUGCGCUGCAUGAUAUUUCUCCCCACCCACCACCCCCGCCCCAAAGGCAAGGGAUAUACUUGCCUUCAUGUUUCACAAGAUGUGCAGUUGGAAGAGUAACGGAGAGCUCGUGUUUCCAAAAAGGGUCGGCUUUCGUUUAAGGAGGGGGGAGUGGGAGGUGUCUUGGGAUUUCCAGGCUGGCUGUCCCUGGCCUGCCCAGGAGCUUCUCUACUUUGCGCCACCCCCUGAGCGUCCGCCAGGAGAAGGCGGACCCUUCCUGGGCUGAGGACCAGGCCACUCAUGACGCCCACCGCAGAGAUGUUGCCAAAAGUGUUGUUACCCCCAGAGUGUCGUUCUCCCCCCUGCCCCCUGGUCCUCCGCGGGGGGGGGCCCUGGUCCUCCGUGGGCCCCCCCCCCAGUUGCCAACCUAAAGACAAGAGAGUGCCUGGAAGAGGCAGGAGCCGAGGCUUGUGGGGACGCCCUGGGAGCGGGGCAGAGAGGGAUCCUGGCCCACCACCAUGACCCUCGAGCGGCUGACUGGCAGGGGAGGGGAGUUGGGAACUCCCCGUCGAGGCACUGAUUCUUGGCAGCAUCUCCGUGGUGGGCAAGAAGGUUAGUUCACCCGCUCCCGAUCAGUGCAAGGAAUUCUGGGGGCUGCUUGGGUGGGGGGCGUCGUCGUAUGCUGAAAUUAUCUUGGAUGUGUCACUGACAUCACGGUCGCGUAGCCUUUGGCCGUGCCGCUGCUCUCUCCUCUUCCAUUCCUCUUCCUCCGUGCUUCUCUACCAUCAUUUCUGUCGAAUUACUCUCCCAUACCAAGAAAUAUUUUUUUCGUUUUGCAUGCAAUCGCUCCACCGGCUGACCCCCCCCCCCUUCCUUUCACCGCUUCUCUCCCUUUUUCUUUAACUCCGUCUUUGUCUCAGCCAGUCAGAUGUUCUGGGGAGGUAAUUUUUUUUUUUUGGUCUUGGGGAGGGUUUUGGCACCAUGAAUUUCAAAUGUACAAACGGUUCACGCUAACACACACCAGGUAUAUCUGAUGUUCAGAUGGCAUACAAAUAAAUU